CCCCCGACGCGGGAGGCGCGCUCCCGGGGACGGCGCCGUGGUGGAAAUUGGCCACGCCGUAAAGCGACGCACCGUAGCCGGCGAGCAGCGGGCCAGCGGCGAUGGCUCUCCCGUGAAAGGGGCAGGGCGGAGGACCGGGACUCUUGCUUGUUUUGUUUUUUUUUUUCGGGACUAAAAUACGCCGCGGGCGACCCUUCCGAACCAUGGCGGGGGUGUUCGACAUCGACUUGGACCAGCCGGACGACAACGUGUCCGACGACGAACUUGACGACGGGGGCCAGCUUAGUGAAUACAUGGAACAAUGCAGUGGCUUUGAGUUCAACAUGGAUGACUGUGAGAAGUUUGAAAUCUCAGAGAACAGCGUCAACAAGGGAACAGAGCAAAUCAAGCCCGAAUGCUUUGAGCUGCUAAGAGUCUUAGGAAAAGGUGGUUAUGGAAAGGUCUUUCAAGUUCGCAAGGUGUCUGGUGCCACUUCAGGGAAAAUAUUUGCCAUGAAAGUCUUGAAGAAGGCCAUGAUUGUGCGGAAUGCAAAGGACACAGCCCACACCAAAGCUGAGCGGAACAUUCUGGAAGAGGUGAAGCACCCUUUCAUCGUGGACCUCAUCUAUGCCUUCCAGACUGGGGGAAAAUUGUACCUCAUCCUGGAGUACCUCAGUGGUGGGGAGCUGUUUAUGCAACUGGAGAGAGAGGGCAUCUUUAUGGAGGACACAGCCUGUUUCUACCUGGCGGAGAUCUCAAUGGCGUUAGGGCACCUGCACCAGAAAGGAAUCAUUUAUAGAGACCUGAAGCCUGAAAACAUUAUGCUCAAUAACAACGGUCAUGUGAAGUUGACUGAUUUUGGCCUUUGUAAAGAGUCCAUCCAUGAUGGCACGGUCACUCACACCUUCUGCGGCACAAUAGAGUACAUGGCUCCAGAGAUCCUCAUGAGGAGUGGUCAUAACCGGGCUGUGGACUGGUGGAGUCUGGGAGCUCUCAUGUAUGACAUGCUUACGGGAGCACCGCCAUUCACGGGUGAAAACCGAAAGAAGACCAUUGAUAAAAUCUUAAAGUGCAAACUCAACCUUCCACCUUACCUCACACAGGAAGCCAGGGACCUUCUGAAAAAGCUGCUGAAACGGAAUGCCUCAUUACGACUGGGCGCUGGGCCAGGAGACGCCUCAGAGGUACAGGCCCACCCAUUCUUCCGCCAUAUAAACUGGGACGAUCUCCUCGCCCGCAAAGUAGAGCCUCCUUUCAAACCUUUCCUGCAAUCGGCUGAUGAUGUCAGCCAGUUUGACUCCAAGUUCACCAGCCAGACUCCUGUGGACAGCCCUGACGACUCCAUGCUCAGCGAAAGUGCCAACCAGGUCUUCUUGGGUUUUACGUAUGUAGCACCCUCUGUGCUGGAAAAUGUCAAGGAGAAGUUCUCUUUCGAGCCAAAGGUCCGUUCACCACGGAAGUUCCCCGGAAGCCCAAGAACACCUGUGAGCCCGGUGAAAUUUGCCGGCGGGGACUGCUGGCCCCGGGGACCCAUUCUAUCAGGAGCCCCAUCUCUGCUCCCCCACAGUGGCUCCGGGGAGCAGCCGAUGGACGUGUCCGCUGUGGAGCACAUGGACGUGAGCAGCAGCUCAGAGGGCUCAGCGCCGCUGCCCAUCAGACGGCCUUUGGGUCUCGCAAGCACGGGGCCCUUCAAGAAGCAGAUCUACCCCAUAAAUUCCAAACGCCCCGAACAUCUACGGAUGAACCUAUGACACUUAGUCUCCCGUCAAACCCCCAAGGAUUCUUUAGGUUCUUCCUUCUCUCCCCACCUCCUUUUCCCUUCCAAAAAGACUUGAAGACUGACACUGUUGAUACCGAUCACCAGCUCCUCCAGCAGCGCCUUCCUUCCCUCCCUCUCAGUCUCCUCCAGCUUAGCCUGGCCACCUCAGCCAUCCUGCAAAUAAUCAACAACCAAAUGCAGCAGAAUUCUCCACAGUCCGAGAAAUGCUCCGGGAGACGCUCUUUUCUCCCGACUUAGCGCUAACAGGCUCAUCAGCUGUAGAAAUGGCCACAGCUGAUAAUUUAAGCAGAGAGCAGCUCUACUGUCUGGUGUAUUGGACUGGCUUCAUGAUAUGAUAUGAUAUAUUGGUGCUUCUUACUGGACAGUGUUACUUCUGGUGUUUACAGCUAGUUGCUAGUGAUAUGGCAGUGUUUAAAAAGGGGGGGGGUGAUUCCUCUGUAAGGUGCCGGAGCAGUUUAUGUGUAUUUUUUUUCUUUUCUAAAAAAAAAAAACAACCCUUUGUGAUAUGAGGUCAUAGGUUACACUAUGGGUAGAUAGGAAUAUUGGAUAAUAUUUCCACAUUGAACACAGUAUUCCUCCUUUGACGGUUUUCCUUCAAUGUUUCCGUGUCUGGAAAUUGAAAUCACAUUGCCUAUAUCAUGGCUUAGUCACUUCAGCAUGUGGUUAGGAGGCAGUGGAGCUCUGCUCAUGGGAAAGCAGCUGUGCAAGGACUGAAGAUAAGAUUUGAGCAGAAAGUGCAACCCCCACCGCAAUCAAUACCAAAUGCUGACGCUGCUUUCCUUGUCCAUCCGGGAUGGUCUUGAGCAAGCCUGUCUGGAAGCACUAUUCUGUUUGUCUUUUUGUUGAAUGUAAACAGACUAAAUGCCUUUUCUGAGCAUCACUUAUGUCUUACACUCUGAGAAUUCCUGCAGCGAUUUUUCACAAGGCCCGGUUGCGGGGCAUCGUUGCCACUUACGGUAGGAGACCAACAAAGUAAGAGUGUACAUUUCAAGCCCAGACGAUCGUAAACGCACUUGGCCAAAUUCCUAUCACUGCCUUCUGUUAUUUCAGGCUACUUUUUUUUCUUCUUGUGUGCCUGAACGCUUUGUGCUUAUUGUGUGUAGAAACUAGUGGGGCUCUCAAGGUUGGAAGGACAAAACUAGACUGACAUGAGCUGACCAUCAGCUAAAUCUUGUUUGAAGUGAGAUGUGUUGACUAUUUUAUUUGAGUUUUGAAGCUGCUAUAUAUGAGCCUCUGGAGUCAAGCCAUUUGAUCCUCUUGCCCCACCGUAGACUAUCUUUCCUCCGUGAUGUUAAUUAGGAUGGUUGAAGGCAGUGAGCUGUGUCAAAUUACACCGUCACUUUAUGAAUUACUGCUGUUACAGCCCAUUUGGGGUUAAGUUAAAAAUGAAAAUCGGCCGACACAUGAAUGGGUUUCUUAAAGUCUCUCGAAAUCCAACCAUCUUCAGUUUGAACUGAUUGACCAAAAAUACCGUUCGAGUAAAUACAGUGGCUUUGGUGCACGAUGACCUAGUUACCCCUGUUCUUCAUCGGCCAAAAAUCCCCAAUUGAUCGACUUCUCUAUUAACUCACGAGUCCUGACAAGUGGCGUCAAGAAUACCAGUUGUUGACAACAAAAUUCAACAGGUCAGUGCUUUUUACAAGUAUUUUGAUAUCCUCCUGUAUGUGACCCUUGCAAAAUAACGUCACUUUGUUGGGAGUACAGCUGAGCGACAGGUUGUGUAAUAGUUCCAUUAGAUGAGUAUUUGGGGUGAGACUCCUCCUGCUUUUCACUUGUUUAUAGACACAACUGUUAGAAAAGAGCAGUCACUCCACUCUUACUCCAGAAAUAUUUUAUGGUGUAUUUUGUUCAGUGUAUAUUUAUUUCAAGUGCCAUUCUGUUUCCACUGCAUCAGUCACACUAUGCAAACAAUGUAUUUAUUGUGUAGCCGGUUGUACAGAAGUCAUGGACGUGUCUAUGACUAGAUUUAUUUCAUUCAUGUUCGAGACCUAUAUUGUUAUAAAACCUUUUUUUUUUUUAUUUCCACUGAACAUCUCGUAAACUUCAAAUGCAGCUUUUUGAAAUUUCUUUUUGAAUUAGGGACAACGUCCUAAAAUGUCUUAGAAUAUUUAUUGUCGGGCAUAAUAUCAAGUAGUAUGAAGAUUUUCAGAAAAAGAAAAAUGACUUUUGAUAUCUUGAACUUUCCUCACACAAAACUUGAACUGAAGUUAGGAGGUUUUAGCAUUGCUAGAAGUAUUGGCAGCAUAAUGUGGGAGAGAUAUGGAAAAAAAAAAAGAUCAAUGCAAAAACCAAGGGUAAUGGCGUUGUGCCUUUCGUGACUGAUUCCAGCUUGUAUAUAUGUUAAAGACGUGUGUGGGACGCUUUGGACCCCAUCGGGCACGAAGUCUUUCUAGAACCACGUCUCUGAAUGUCGUGUACGUCUUCGCUCUUCCAAUAGAUUGUGGCACGAACCGCGUUGGUUACUUUGUGCGGCGAUUCUCACAGUCUGGUGGUCCCGGGACACUUAAAGGUUCCUGAGGACUUUUCAGGGGUCCGGGGGAAAAUGACAGAAUAAGAAUCCAAAUUAAAAUCAUUUGCUUUGAUUUCAGAUUUGAUGAUAUCUACACGCUGGAGGUCGGUAGAAGAAUGAUUGUUGUUUUUCUUUCGUGUGGAGGUGCUUUGCAUUAAGAAGUUUGCGAACAGCUUUCUUGGCUGAUUGCGGUGGAAGAAAACCUGCAAAGAGAAUAACACAUUACUUGUGAUGAGUUUUGAGUAGAAUGGGCAUUUCUUAUUUCUAAAUCAUUGGUUAUUGAUUAACUUGUCAUUGAUUAACCCCCUACGUCUGUACCAUGAGAUGGGAAAAUGUUAAUAUGUAUGAUGUACAUACUGAAUGAAUGAGUUGAAAAUAAAUAAGGUUACCAGAUCCUCUGUGC